CCCUGCACGGAAAUGAUCACAGACAUCAACUUGCCAGCAGCGCAACUACAGGUGGCAAUGGGAUUAUCGCUGUCACGCAUUCGUUGCAUUCGUGUGCUGUACGGCGAGCUUCCCUGGGGAGACACAGAGCUCGUCUUCGAUGACCCGCCCCGCCGUCCUGUCCCUAAAGGCCACUGCAUUGCUGCUAGGAUCACCAGCGAGAACCCUGAUGAAGGUUUCAAACCAAGUUCAGGUUCAGUGAAGGAGCUUAAUUUCCGCAGCAGCAAGCAUGUUUGGGGCUACUUCAGCGUGUCAGCGUCAGGUGGCCUACACGAGUACGCAGACUCUCAAUUUGGCCACUGCUUCGCCUGGGGCGAGAACAGGGAGGACGCCAGGAAAAAUUUGAUAGUAGCAUUGAAGGAGCUAUCAAUCAGAGGCGAUUUCCGUACCAUCGUUGACUUCAUGGUCGUGGCCGUCCUCUGUACGGCCGUGCACAUCACUGAUAGUAAAAUACAAGACGCUAUCAAUCAUUUCCACAACUCUUUGGAGAAAGGUCAGGUUCUCCCUCUGAAGUCUCUGAACAACGUUGUGGACGUUGAGCUCAUAGGCUCAGGCAUGAAGUAUAACUUGAAUGUCGCCAAGACGGGACCAGCGCAGUUCUUCCUCACGCUCAACGGAUCGCAUAAGCUGGUGGAUGUGCUGCGUAUGACCGACGGAGGUCUCCUUAUCUCCGUCGACGGCCAUAGCCACACCACUUACUUGCAAAAUGAAGUCGACAAAUACCGCCUUAACAUCGGGCAUCAGACCUGCAUUUUUGAGAAGGAGAGCGACCCAAGUCUGCUACGGUCAACAGCACCCGUCAAACUCCUGAACUUCCUGGAGGAAGACGGCGCUCACGUGACUGCCGGCAGCCCCUACGCCGAAAUUGAGAGCAUGAAAAUGGUGGUGAUCUUGACAUUGAUGGGACGGGAGUGUGAAAAUGGUGGUGAAGAAGUGAUAUCGUCUGUGUCUGGCCGCAUCCCUGCCUCUGUAGAACAACUCAUCCAGAAGCACAUGUCGCUCUACGCUCGCAACGUCACCUCCAUUCUGGCUCAGUUCCCAUCACAGGAGAUUGCCCUCGUCAUCGAUAGCCAUGCUGCGACCCUCCAGAAGAAAGACCGCGACGUGUUCUUCAUGACGACACAAGGCUUGGUGCAGCUCUGCCAGCGCUACAAGAAGGGGACGAGAGGACGCAUGAUGAGCGUCGUGCAGGACAUCCUCAAGCAAUACCUCAAUGUCGAGUCGCUCUUCCAGCACGGUUCCUACGACAAGUGUGUGCAGGCUGUGCGCGAGAAAUACAAGGACGACAUCAACACGAUGUUGGAAAUAUUGAUCUCUCACUCGCAGCUCAACAAGAAGAACCAGCUGCUUGUGCUGCUCAUUGACCAUUUGUGCGAACACGAGCCUGGCCUCACGGACGACCUCGCUCAAGACUUGGAGCAUCUCACCAAACUGAACAGCAUUGACCACUCUCGCGUCGCUCUUAGGGCGCGACAGGUUCUUAUUGCUGCCAACCAACCAGCGUAUGAACUUCGGUACAACCAAAUGGAGAGCAUCUUCUUACCUGCCGUGGACACAUACGGCCAUUCCUACCAGCCUGAAAACCUGAAAAAGCUUAUCCUGUCUGAAACGUCCAUCUAUGAUGUACUGCAUGCUUUCUUCUAUCACAGCAACAUGCAAGUUCGCAUUGCUGCCCUUGAGGUGUACGUGCGCCGGGCGUACAUCAGCUAUGAUCUCAACUCGGUGAUCCACAAGACACUGAAGGGCAGCCGUGACUGCUUCGUAUUCUUCCAGUUCUUGCUCCCCACUUCGCACCCUAACAGGAUUCCACACAACAAGAUCUGGAGCUCAGUGGAAUACCCCGACGGAGUACCAAACUCCUAUGACUUGUCUCAUGGGUUGGACAACUGCCAACGUAUGGGCAUCAUGGGAGCCUUCGAGAGCUUUGAGCAGUUCGAGUCGUACUUCCUGGAGCUGAUCGGUUACUUCGCACCCUCUGAGAAAUGCCCCCUCGACAACGACCAGUUUUCUUUCUCCAUGGGAUCAACCUUCUCAGACUUGUCUUACAGAGAAUCGUCGGAGAAGGAACCCAUUCACAUAAUGAAUAUCGGCCUGCGCAUGACUGCCGAUCUCAAUGACUACGAAGCGAGCGAGAUGUUCGCUUCUUUCUGCCAGGCCCACAGAGAAGACUUCAAAAAUACUGGAAUCCGUCGUGUUACCUUCAUCAUCUUCUACAAGCGCCAGUUUCCCCGCUACUUUACCUACAGGGCCCGUGACGGUUUCUGCGAGGAUCGUAUCUAUCGACAUCUUGAACCCGCUCUCGCGUUCCAGCUCGAGAUCAACAGACUGCGCAACUAUGACCUCGAGGCGCUUCCCACCUCCAACCGCAAGAUGCACCUCUACUUGGCCAAGGCAAAAGUUGCACAUGGCCAGGAGGUGACCGACUACCGCUUCUUCAUUCGCUCAAUCAUCCGACACUCGGACCUCAUCACCAGGGAGGCGUCCUUUGACUACCUGGAGAAGGAGGGUGAAAAGUUGCUACUUGAAGCCAUGGACGAGCUUGAAGUUGCCUUCAGCCACCCUCUUGCCAAAUGCACCGACUGCAAUCACGUUUUCCUCAACUUCGUGCCAACGGUUAUUAUGAAUCCUGCGAAGAUCCAAGACUCGAUCAGGUCGAUCGUGAACCGCUACGGGCGUCGUUUGUGGAGCUUGCGAGUGCUGCAGGCCGAAAUUAAGAUGCUCAUCCGGCACAGCCCUCAGCAUCACACUGUGCCCAUACGCCUCACGCUCUCCAACGAGUCUGGAUACUUCCUUGACAUGAACCUUUAUAAAGAAGUGACAGACAAACUCAAUGGACAGAUCAAGUUCGAAGGAUUUGGAAGUCGACAAGGCCCUCUCCACGGGCUCUCAGUGUCCACGCCCUACAUGACUAAGGACUACCUGCAGCUCAAGAGAUUCCAAGCGCAGAGCAAUGGCACCACUUACGUCUAUGACUUCCCUGAGAUGGUCAAGCAGGCGCUGGAGAAAAUCUGGACUCAACACUUUAAGAAAAGAGGUGUUAAAGACGCGCCUGUUCCGAGUCACCUGCUGAGCGUGGUUGAGCUGGUGCCAGAUUCUUCUGGAGAAAAUCUCUUGGAAGAGAAACGACUUCCCGGGGAAAAUGAUGUUGGCAUGGUUGCCUGGCGCAUGACCCUGCACACGCCCGAGUAUCCUGAUGGUCGGGACAUCAUCGUCAUCUGUAACGACAUAACGUUCCAGAUCGGCUCCUUUGGCCCUAAGGAAGACAUGCUGUUCUUGAAGGCCUCGCAGAGAGCUCGUCAACUUAAGAUUCCUCGCCUCUACAUUGCUGCCAAUUCAGGCGCUCGUAUUGGCCUUGCUAACGAAGUCAAGAAUCUUUUCAAAGUUGCUUGGGAAGACCCACAACAGCCUGACAAGGGGUUCAAGUACCUCUACAUCACCCCUGAUGACUUCAAGAAUGUGGCGUCCACACGAAGUGUUCUGCACACGGAGCUUAUCGACGACGAAGGCGAGGCUCGCUACAAAAUCAUCGCCAUCAUUGGUCGAGAGGACGGCUUGGGUGUAGAGAACCUGAAACACUCUGGCAUGAUCGCUGGCGAGACGUCACAAGCGUACCGCGAGGUGGUCACCUACUCGAUGGUGACGUGUCGCGCUAUCGGCAUCGGCGCGUAUCUCGUGCGUCUGGGACAGCGCGUCGUGCAGGUCGAGAGCUCACACAUCAUCCUCACCGGCUACAGCGCUCUAAAUAAGCUGCUGGGUCGUGAAGUGUACACCAGCAACUCACAACUUGGCGGCGUGGAGAUCAUGCACCAGAACGGCGUGAGUCACCAGGUUGCUUCUAACGACCUCGACGCUGUCUUCACUGUGCUGCAGUGGCUGUCAUAUGUGCCAAGGCACCGAGGAGCACCACCACCAUACCUCACUCCGACUGACCCUGUGGAUCGCAAGAUUGCGUUCUCUCCCGAACGCGCGCCGUACGAUCCUCGCCAUUUGGCGGCUGGUAGAUACAACCCCAGCACCAACGAAUGGGAGAGCGGCUUUUUCGACGAAGGUUCCUUCCAGGAGAUCCUCGCUCCAUGGGCGCAAUCGGUGGUUGUGGGUCGUGCCCGACUUGGGGGCAUCCCUGUGGGGACAAUCAUCGUGGAGACUCGUACUGUGGAGCUCAGCAUGCCUGCAGACCCAGCCAACCCUGACUCUGAAGCUAAGACUGUGUCUCAAGCCGGCCAAGUAUGGUUCCCCGACUCUGCGUACAAAACUUCUCAGGCCAUCAACGAUUUCAAUGUAGAAGGACUGCCGUUAGUCAUCUUUGCCAACUGGCGUGGCUUCUCUGGUGGCAUGAAAGACAUGUAUGAACAAGUGGUAAAGUUCGGUGCAUACAUCGUGGAUGCUUUACGCUCGUACACUCAACCCAUCCUGGUGUACGUUCCCCCGUACGCUGAAUUGCGUGGAGGCGCCUGGGUGGUCAUCGAUUCCACCAUCAAUGAGCGAUAUAUGGAGAUGUACGCCGACCCGCUCUCACGUGGUGGAGUUCUGGAGCCUGAAGGCACCGUUGAGAUCAAGUUCAAGCUGAAAGAUCAGUUACGCACCAUGGAGCGUCUUGAUCCCGUAGUACGGGACCUCAAAUCUCAGCUCGCUACGGCGGCUGCAGGCUCCGCUGAGCAAAGCGCCCUCAAGAAGAAACUUGCGCUCAGAGAAGAGUCGUUGAAGCUCAUCUACUAUCAGAUUGGCCUGACGUUUGCCGACCUGCAUGACACUCCGAUUCGCAUGCUUGAGAAGAACGUCAUCCAGGCCAUCGUACCCUGGGCAGAAAGUCGCACGCGUCUCUACUGGAGACUGCGAAGACUUCUGGCUGAAGAUCGUGUUAAGAAAGAGAUAGAAAGAGCGCAACCUGAACUUGGACACGCGCAAGAAGAUGCCAUGCUGCGUCGUUGGUUCCUCGAAGAGAGGGGAACUCUCGAGAGCUACGUCUGGGACCAGGACAACGAAGUGGCCGAGUGGCUGGAACAGCAGUUGGAGGGCGGAGGAUGCAGAAGCGGUGGACCCACGCCUGGCUCAAGAGAAGGAAUCACUUCCCACCUUCUUGAGAGUCUGCAAAUGUUCAAGCGCGAUGCUGCCCUAAACUCUAUCAAGGCUUCGUUACUGGAGUACCCUGAGAUAGGCCAGGAGGCUCUCUACCAUAUCUUCAAGCGCCUCAGCAACGCCCAGCAGGCUGAAGUGCUGCGGACGCUAUCAACGCCUGAUUAUGAGCCGCCUGCCUAUGCAGGUGCUGUCGCUGCCCAAGAAUCAUUGUCUGCGGGAACUUCUUUCCUGUCCCCCGACGAAGAAAAUUCAGCUGGCUGAAGUUAGGUUUCACUCGCCCAACGCUGUCCAGUUUCUCGACCUGGAUCCUGAAGAACUGUUUACAAAUAAUGCUCAAACUUGUUUUAUCAACUAAUGAUACACACAAUAGCUUUAAAAUGGAGGUUUCGAUGAAAGACACUUGAAUAUUAUGUAUAGAACAUUGUUCUUUUGCAUGGGAAUGAUAUGCUUGUUAAUAUUAUUGUUUGUAAACUAUAUACAUUUUAUUAGGCAGUAUUGACUACAGAGUAUGUUGGGUUCUUGGUACAAUAGAUAUAAUGCGUUUAUUACUGUUAAUUGUUGAUCGUUUUCUUGUUUUUGUAGUUCAGGUUUUCCGGUUUUUGUUUGCAAUUAUUCUUAAUAUUCCUAAUUCUAGUUCUAACUGUGCCAUCUUGAAAUUUACUGCCACAACUGAUUCACGACAUGCCAUCUCCAUAGUAUCUAUUAUUUUUUUCUUAAUAUGAUAAUGACUUCGGUUGCCUGAGUUUUAAAAUGAUUUCACUGAGUUUAUUCUCACUUGAAGUUGAUAUGCGUUUCAUUUUAAAUUUUUUUGAUGGCAUCAUAUGUAGUUUGGCAACUAAACACAUUUAGAAAUCUUAAACUGAAGCUGAAGGUCGUUAUUCUCCGUACAUUGUGUAGUUGCAAGCUGUUAUAGAGACAACGUCACAAAUGUAUAACAGUACUUUUGUUUCUGAGGUGCACUUUAGAACAGAUUUUUCAAUUCAUCAAGAUUAUGAUUGAGUCUCAGUUUGUAUUUUGUUUGGGAUUUUGGUAGUAUAAUAUUAACACAAUUCGUCGAUGCCCUCUUAGUGAGGUUGCAUCGCAUGGAUAGAAAUUCUAAUUUCUUCUCGCAUUCAAAUCUACAAAUGUAAGUACUUACACUGA